AUGUCUAUCCUCGUUGAGAAAAACUGGCAAACAGUAAGACCGACGAUCAGAGAAAGAAACAAGUUUAUGUUCAACAACGAACUCCUCAGCGAUGUGAAGUUUCUUGCUCGAGGGGUCAAUGGCGAAAGUGAAAGUAAACAAGUGAUUCCUGCUCACAAGUUUGUGCUGUCGAUUAGCAGUCCUGUAUUUGAAGCCAUGUUUUACGGUGAGCUGGCGGAGACUACAGACUCUAUUGAACUGCCUGACUGUGAACACGAGAGUCUGUUGGAGUUGUUUCGUUACAUGUACAGCGAUGAAGUGAACUUGAGCGGAAGUAAUUUGAUGGGAGAGCAACUCUCGGACGAACAAAUUCAAGAAUAUAAAGACGCUUUCUGUUUGUUCGAUCGCGACAGUAAUGGCAUUAUAACAACAAGGGAACUGGGCUCCGUUAUGAGGUCACUAGGCUUUAAUCCUACAGAUCACGAGCUGCAGGUCAUGAUCAACUCAGUUGAUUACGAUGGUAACGGCGUGAUCGACUUCCCAGAGUUUGUCAAACUAAUGGAGGAUCAGAAAAAGCCAGACGAACGAGAAGCCGACAUGAUGCUUGCUUUUCGAGUGUUCGACGCCGACAACAAAGGGUACAUUGAGUCAGCGGAGUUACGCUACAUUCUGUUAAAUAUGGACAAGAGAAUUCCGCGGGACGAGCUGCAUGAAAUGAUAGUGAGUGCCAAGUUGGAUGAAGAUAAGAAAGUUACAUACCAAGAAUUCCUUGCCCUUCUCGAGCCGCAUGGUGAGAAAUAACCAAACACGUAGAACUUGCAAGGACGAGGAAGGAAGUCACCACUUCGUAAUAAACCAUACAUUAAGCUCCCUCGAUGGAGCAUGCGUCGACAUGGCAACUAGAACAGGGCGCCCACGUGUAGACAGCCAACUGUAAACGAAGCCGACGACAAAAACGCUAAAAUAAAGAUAAGAUGUUCUUGCGCGUAGAACUGAAAACGCUUUACCAAAGGAUGUCUAUGCAUGACAGGAAAUACUUCAAACAUGUAAAUUAAUCAUCUCAGUUCAGAUUCAAAUAACUGUAAAGUUACUUCGUAAAUUUUCGGGUGAAAAUUGAACGUAAACUCAAUGCUGUAUCGAUUUGAAUGACAGAAAGUUCUUCAAAAGACAAAAGGUAAAAUGCUUCAAAGCUCUUUAGAGAGAUAAAACACUACGAAUACAUCACUAGCAGAUGGGAAACGUCACUGAGGUUUUCAUUUAUUUUGUUUUUGUCCUGUCCUUAAAUACUGUAAAAGCGAAAACGAAAAAAAAUCUUCUUUUCAAUAAACAUGGAGCAUUUAAAGUCA